AUGAAAAAUUAUAGAAUAUACAUUUUGAACGUUUUUAAAAAACCGUUCCCUUUAAGAAUCGUCAGAGAAAAACAUACAAAUUCAAAUGAGAGUAUAGGAAAAUUAAAAAUGGAAGAAAAAAUAAUACAACCAAGCAAAAGUCAAACAAAUAUAUUUAUAAAUAAAAAUAAACAGAAAAUAUCUAAUAAUGAAAAUAAUAAUAUAAAAACAUUUUUAAGAAAAUAUAAUAUAUAUAUAACAUAUUAUAGUGGUUUUAUAUUUAUGUUUUCUAUAUUUUCAUAUUGUGUUAUUAAUUUGGCAUGGAUGUUUUUUGAAAAACCAAUUCCCUUAAUAAUCGUAAAGGAAAAUGUUUUAAAAGAUAAAAAAUUAAUAGAUGAAUAUGAACAAGUCAUAUUUUCCAAAUAUUGGACUGGUUAUAUUAAUGAGGACAGUGCUCGAAUUAUAAUUAAUAUCAAAAGUAAAAAUAAGCGUGAUAAAAAAGGGAAAAUUAUUAGUAAUUUAAUUAAAAAAAAUAAUGAAUGGGUUAUAAAAACAUUAACAUAUUAUAAUGUAAAAAAAAAUGAUAAUUUACAAACAGAUGAUUUGAAAACAUUAAAACAAAACAUGGCAAAUAGCAGUUUAUGCCCAAUAAAUAAUGACAGUUUUGUAUGCAAAAAAAGUACCAAAUAA